ACAACGCAAACAGUUUUCUGUCUGGCAGCACUGCUGUGUACGGUUCCCAGCUUGCUUCGCGCUCGUUUAGAUUCAUUGAGUGUAAAGUUCGUUAAACAACCCGCUUGUUCUUGUUCUAUAAUUCGACAGAUUCGUGAAAAUAAGAAAUAUUUUAAUAUCAUCGUUUAAAAAAUUUUUUAAAUUAAGCUCAAUUUUUCCACCUUCAUAAUGUAUUUCAAAUUCGUUUUUCUCACCGUGCUAUCCCAUCUGAUAUGCAUCUGUACAGCAGCCGAGAACGAAAAUAAAACUAUUGCUGCUGUUUACUACGAAACUUAUUGCCCGGAUAGUAUAAAAUUUAUAACCACGCAACUUUAUCCAACUUACGAAAAGCUGAAUGGAACUUAUUUCACACCUCAUUUGCAACCUUUCGGUCGUGCUAAUAUAACAAAUCUCCCAAACGGAACCCUGGCGUUUAGUUGCCAGCAUGGAGAAAAAGAGUGCUAUGGAAAUAAAGUACACGCUUGUGUUUUGUAUUUGAGCGCACCACUGUCAUCCAAAUUGAAAUUUGUCAAUUGCUCAUUGGCACGAACUAAUAUGAAGACUGUCGACCCAUACGCAUAUCCGAUUGAAGAAUGUGCUACUGAAUCAUCGCUCAAUGUUCAAGAUAUCAAAAGUUGUUUGGGGAAUACCAACUUGACUGAUAGUUUAUUGUCGGCUUAUGGAGCUGAAACCAAGAAAUAUCCUAUUCCUAGUUUCCCAUUCAUCAUUUUCAAUCAAAAAUUCGACGCAGCUUUGUCCAAAGAAAGUGAACAGGAUUUCGCUUCCGUGAUCUGCAAAAAUUACAUCCCCGCCAACGACACCAAAACAGCUAACGUAUGCAAACCUCCAAACAGCUCUGCAACUACUUUGGCAUUCACCGCAUUUCCAGUCAUCGUUGUUACAUUCUUAUUCUCCAAAUUGUACUAAACCGUGUUUUUUCGCCAGUACUAAUAUCAAACCACCUUAUUUUCAUGUUGUAAGAUGUGCGUUUACGUUGCUUUAUCAAACGUUUUAAUCAAAAGAUACAUCGUUGUGCCAUUUAAUAAUUUCAAAAAUACCUUACCUAAACUAUCUUACGAGUAAAAUCAUAAAAUGAUGCAUUCCUCCGUUCGUGUAGGUGUUACAUUUUCAAAUAUGUAUCGUUUUCAAAAUUUUGUGAUACGUGUAAAAUUUGUUUUUAAAAAUUCCAAACACUGUUUUGUUUUUAGAAAAAUCUUCAAAAUUUUACUAUGGCAUUUGCUCCCGAGUGAUCGUUAUCUCUUUCCUUGAUUUUUGUUUUCUCAUGCUAAAGAUUGCAUUUUAAUUUCUGUAUUAGCUUGUUACGCUGUAUUUAAUUCAUAAAAGUUAUUUGUUCUUUGUAUGUUCCAUUUUAUCGAAUAAGAAUUGAGUAUGUAUUAAAAAUCAUCAUGAUUACGAUAAGUUUGUAAUUUUAUAAAAGUAUUCUUAAUUCAUUUACUGUAUGCAUUAGAUUAUAUUUAUGAGAUAUUAGCCUUAUAAUUUAAUAUUAAGCUUGAACCAUUUUCAAAUCUGAUUUAAAUUUAAUUAUCAUAACUAUUAAUUAUUUGCACGUAGUGUUUGGUUUGAAUAAUUGAUAACGUUCUCGAAUGAUAUCUUAUGAGCAUCUUUCUUGAAUUUUCUGCAGUAUACAAUAUAUAGAUACUCGAUCGAAAAUACAAUGUGUGAGUUUAAUUGUUUAUUGUUUGAAUCAAAUAAUUUCAUAUGCUGAUAUUAAAUAAUUUUCUGAUAUUAUUUAUUAUAUUUUUUUUAAAAUCGUGGGUACUGAAGUUAUAUAAGUACAUAUCUACCUAUCAUUAUUUUGUAAUUUAGUCAAGCGUAAUUUGUAAUUUAUAAUUAGCGUUGUUUUUUUUUUUUUUUUAUUGUUUGAUGGAACUUGUGAUACUUUUGUAGAACUUAGAGCUAUGUUUUAACUUCUAUAUCAUUUGUCACAUUACCUAUAUUAUAUUUUACAAAAUUA